AUGGAUAUCAACCCUGAAGAACGAGUCCAAAACCUGGCGGACGCCCUUUCUAAUCUUCAAAUCCACCAUCAAGCCGAAACUCAACGCUCUGAAACUCUUUCUGCCGACAUCACCUCCCUCAGAAUCGAUGUUAAUAAUAUGAGAUUAACUCUUCAAGAUGUAACCCAGCGCCUUCUCCUUUUUCAUCAACAAAUCGUUACUCUCCAAUCAGUUCCAGCCCCCAAUAAUCAUCCUUCCUUCACCGAUGUUGGAGUUAUGCCUCAUGCUUCCUUCUCCGGUAAUCCCAAGGAAAUCAACCAAUUCCUUUACUUUGUUAAGGAUCGAUUAAUCGAAGUCGAACCUCGAUUUCAGACGGAGAAGAGCAAGAUCAACUGGGUGGUUUGA